CGCCAGAAUAAUUCGUUACCUGCCCGCGACGACACACGCCAGCCGAUUUCAAAUAAAUUCUGCCAUAAAAUCCCUAAACCGUGACUGCUAAAAGCAUUUUUUCAAUGCAUAUAAAUAUUCACUUUCCUUACGUUUAAUCGUGAAAUUACAGCCGACGACCGGUGUAGAUAAGGCUGGCUCGCUCCGCCGCCAGGUAAACGUAGGUGUGUGAAAGGGACAAGUAAAAAAAAAUAUUUUAGGAGUGGUUACGAGUGAUGUGUCCGCGAUCAGUGCUCGACGGAGCUGCGGGCGAGCGGGCGCGCGCGACGCCGCAUCACUAGCGCAUUCGAACAUCGAACUCUGCGAGUCCGCCAACUGCCGCCGACUAGUGUUGUGUGUGAUGUAAAAAUCGAUCGACAUCGAUAGACGGUUACAGUGACAAACAUGAUGACUAUGGACGUCGGGAUGUACAACAAUCAGCAGACCGGCUACGGAAGCGAGUACUACGCGCAGGCGGGCGCCUACCAGCCUUAUGAAGCCUACCACGAGGGUUACUACGAGCCGGGCCCGUACUAUGAACCUCCGCACGAGCCCGCGCCGCCCGUCAUCAGCGACGCCGGCCUCUGCUACACCAACCUCGACUACGGGGAACUCCAGCACCAGGGCUACCCCAUACACGCCAUGCCGCCUCACCACACUCAUAGAGAAGAACCACCUCGGCUCGAAGAUAUAACCCACGUUCACGAGCAUAAACUCGAAGGGCAUUACCUAGAGACGAAAUACAACAUGCACUUCGUGGACGAGGCGGCCGGGUGCUCGGCGCUGCCUGACUACGACCAGUACCAGCCCAAGGAGGAGUUCGCGGGGGCGAGGGAGGGGUACCUGCCCGAGGGGGUGCCUCAGGCCGUGCCCACGUACAAGUGGAUGCAGGUCAAGAGGAACGUGCCUAAACCUAGUGCUCCAAAGCUGAUGAUCCCGUCCCCUGACUUCAUGUCAUCAGGCGUGAUGGGCAGCCCUCAGGACGGGAUGCGAACCCCGACCUCCCAGCUCAUGGGCAACCCGCUGCUCAACCUCAACAACACGGGUCGGACCAACUUUACCAACAAACAACUCACCGAGCUAGAGAAGGAGUUUCAUUUCAACAAGUACCUCACGCGAGCGAGAAGGAUAGAGAUAGCGUCAGCGCUGCAACUGAACGAGACGCAAGUCAAGAUCUGGUUCCAGAACCGAAGGAUGAAACAGAAGAAGAGGAUAAAGGAGGGGCUGAUUCUGUCGCCUGACGCGGUCGCGGCACCACCGUCGCACGAUCCCGUCGGGUCCAGUGAGAACAGUCGCGAGUCCACAUAAGUGAUAGACUAAAUGUUACGUUUGUCGAGUCGGGUUAGGUCUUCGAUGUGAUUGGUUAGAUCAGUGUUCUCUUCGUUGCAGAGUUUGUGUAUAGUUUGAGUACGACAAUGUGUGGUUGAAGCUUCGAUGAUGGCAAAGCUCAAGCUACAGGAACGAUACAUAGACAAAACAUACCUACUUACUUUCUAUAUAGAUUUUGUCAUUUGAAAUGAAAUCUUACAGAUGGAAAGUCCUGUGUAACAAAGUAAUGGUAUAGUUUUACUAAGUAAUUACAACAUUAUAUAGGAUUAUAGAUAACAUUGUGUUCAUUUCUUUCUUUGCUUAGGUUUAGAUUUUGUUCGUGUUUGGAGAACACUCAUCGACUUUGGAAAUAAUCAAAUUAAUGUUUAAUGUUGUGCAUUCAUAUCACCUAACAUCAUAAUUAGAUACAUAAAAAUAUCUAUAGAUAACUGAAGUAGUUUUCCGAAACCAUACAAUAUCAGUAGAGCAAGAGUUUUUCAUUUGGUACAUUUUACUUUUGUUUUAGGCCUAUUUGUAAUUUUGAAUUAAGUACUCAAAAUGAAGGCGAGAAAUAAAAAUAUAUUGUCGGCACUUGGAUUAAAGUUGGUUAAACCAUGCGUCAAGGAAGCUAGGUUUAGUGCCAAUUUCUCCAUAGUGGGUUAGAGCAUAACCAGGGAUUAUUGAUUGACUUUUGACACACCUUUCAAGAAUUUAAUAUGGAGAUGACGUAUAAUUGAUCAACCUGGUUACGAUAUAACCGACUAUGGAGAAAUUAGAGCUUAGCAAAUAAGAAUGGAUUCUGUGAAUAUUCUGUACAUUUUCGUAUUUUAAGAAGCUUUUUAUUCUUUUUUUACUUAGAUCUUUUCGGAAUAAUAACACUUUAAGUCAAUAACGUUCUUUUUAAAAUAUAAAAUUGUGUUUUUAUAUAUUUUUUAUAACGAUUAAUAUAAGUAACUUAUGUUUCUAUUUAUAUUUAGACCAAAGCUCAAUAAUUUUAACGGCAUUGUUCAUUCUCUACCUGGUUGGACGUGUACAUUAGUGUAAAUGCAAAAUGGAUUUACUUACCUAAAUAAUAUUUAUUAAAUUAAAGGUAAAUAACGGAAAUAGCUGCACUUAUGUACUAUCGAGGAAUCGGCUUGUGUCCUACCUUAUACCAUAGACAUUUUGUCUAUGCUUAUACCUACUAAAGCUUGGCACCGCGUAUUCACUACAAGUUGCGUUUGUAAUAUUGCUUUUAAAUUGGCAUAGAUUUCCCCGAUGGUACAUUAUUAUGCCCUUUGAGUGAAUUUAUGUCCCUCAACAACCUCAACAUUGCUACUAAGAUAGCGUAAGAAAUUUCAAUGAAACAGUAAACCUCAUGUUUAAAAGUCGAAAAGGAAAGUCAUUCAAUUAAUAACCAAACCUAAGGUUUUGGUUUUCAUGCAAAAUAUUGACCAUGUUUUAGUUAACCCCAGACUAAACAACAUAAGUUAACUGUAUGAUUAUCAGCCUGAGGAAAAUCGCUUAAAUUACAACAUGUUUGAUUAUUAUAACUUUAGGUAAGGAAAUUUCGUAGUGUUUUUAGAACCUAUUACUUUUACGUAACUAUAGGCAUCAUGCUUAAGUUUAUGGUUAUCAAGAGACUAUAAAAGAAGCGAUUUUCACCGGUCAUACAAAAUACAUACAUUCUUAAAUACAUAUAAUUAUGUAUCUAUCUACAGUAGUGUGUGAAGAUAAUUAUAUUUGUGUGUAAAUUGUUAACUAUAAGACCUAGUUGAAGUAUCUUUAUCAAUAAAUUAACUAUCUAUUUUCA